AUGGGACGAACAAGACCAAAGAAAAAGGGCCUUUCGAAGCCAGGCGACGCCCCAGCAAAAUCUUCUCCCCCAUCCACCGAAUCUCUUCUUGAGAAGGCCCAGGCCUUGAUCGUUCAAUGCGAUUAUGAGCUCGCCGUGCGCUUUAUUCGCCGGGCUUUAGAGCAAGAUCCCAAAAAUGCAGAGGCGAGGGAGAUGCUAGGCGUCUCUCUGCUCGAACUGGGAGAUCUAGACGCAGCAAAAGAGACCUUCCUAUCGUUAAUACCCCCAAGUCCAGAUGCCCCGUCUCCAUCUCCCCCAUCCGCACAUCUGUAUCUCGCUCAGCUGAGCGAAGACGACCCAAGAGGAGCCUUAAAACACUAUCAAGCUGCUAUCCAUAUCUUACAUGCACAGCUGAAAGGAAAAGAGCGUGCAGAUGAUGAAGCAUCCAAAAAAGACGAAUCAGAACUGCGAAGUAACAUCGUCCGAGCCCUUGUAGGCCAAGUGGAGAUCUGGAUGGACCCUUCGUAUGAUUUAUGCGAUGAACCUGAAGCUGAACAAAACUGUGAAGAUCUACUGUCGGCUGCACUGAAAAUCGAUCCAGGGAAUCCAGAAGCUUUGCAAACCUUGGCCUCCGUGCGUAUGUCCCAGGAGCGACCCGACGAAGCCAAGGCAUUUCUUGAGCAAGCCUGGGCGACAAUGCAAGAUAUUGAUCUUGAUGAUCCCAAACUACCCCCAAUUCCUACUCGCCUGGCUCUUGUAAAACUUUUCCUCGAGCUGUCCUUAUACACACCAGCUUUACUAGUUCUCCAUGGAAUAAUGUCCUCGGAUGAUCAAGAUGUGGAGGCGUGGUACCUGGAAGGGUGGUGUUUCUACCUCAUGGCCGAGCAAGCUCAGGAAAAUGGUGGAAAACUGGAAGACCUAACAUGGCAAGAAUUGGGAAGGGAUUCCAGGGAUUGCCUCGAGACAUGUCAAGUGCUGCACCGGAAUCAAGAGCAUCCUGAUAAGCCGCUGUUGGAACAUGUGCAGGAACUCAUAGCUAAAUUGGACGAGCUAGGUAUCACAGCAUCACCUGUGGAUGAGGGCGAGGAGGGCGAAGAUGGUGAGGGUGAGUGGGAGAGCGACGACGGGAGUGUGGAUGGUGAUGGUGAUGUUGAGAUGCAGUAG